AUGGGGAAAGUGUCCUGCCGUGGCAGGAAAUAAUGGAGACAUAGAAAAUGGCAGCCAGACUUCUAAGAACAACCCUUGCUCUGUUCUUCCUUGGUAUCUUUGGGGUGCUGGGGGCAGCCACAAUAUCAUGCAGAAAUGAAGACGGGAAAGCUGUGGAUUGGUUUACCUUUUAUAAGUUACCUAAAAGACAAAACAAGGAAAGUGGAGAGACUGGGUUAGAGUACCUGUACCUAGACUCAACAAUUAGAAACUGGAGGAGGAGCGAGCAGCUAAUGAAUAUGACCAGCAGUGUUUUGGGAAGAACAUUACAACAGCUAUAUGAAGCCUAUGCUUCUAAGAGUAAUAACACAGCCUAUCUAAUAUACAAUGAUGGAGUCCCUAAAUCUGUGAAUUACAGCAGAAAGUAUGGACACACCAAAGGUUUAUUGCUGUGGAACAGAGUUCAGGGGUUCUGGCUGAUUCAUUCUAUUCCCCAGUUUCCUCCAAUUCCUGAAGAAGGCUAUGAUUAUCCACCCACGGGGAGACGAAAUGGACAAAGUGGCAUCUGCGUAACUUUCAAGUACAACCAAUAUGAAGCAAUAGAUUCUCAGCUCUUGGUCUGCAACCCAAACAUCUACAGCUGCUCCAUCCCAGACACUUUUCACCAGGAGCUCAUUCACAUAUCCCAAUUGUGCACCAGGUCCAGCUCAUCAGAGAUUCCUGGCAGGCACCUCACCACACUUCAGUCGGCCCAGGGGCAAAAUUUCCUCCACUUUGCAAAAUCGGAUUCUUUUCUUGAUGACAUCUUUGCAGGCUGGAUGGCUCAACGACUGAAGACGCACUUGCUAACAGAAACCUGGCAGCGAAAAAGACAAGAGCUUCCUUCCAACUGCUCCCUUCCUUACCACGUCCACAAUAUCAAAGCAAUUAAGUUAUCGCGACAUUCGUAUUUCAGCUCUUAUCAGGAUCAUGCCAAGUGGUGUAUUUCCCAAAAGGGCAUCAGAAAUCACUGGACAUGUAUUGGAGACCUGAAUCGGAGCCCCCAGCAAGCCUUUAGAAGUGGAGGAUUCAUCUGCACCCAGAAUCGGCAUAUUUACCAAGCAUUUCAAGGAUUAGUUUUGUAUUAUGAGAGCUGUAACUCAACUUGAUGAAAGGACAUAUGUACUAGCAUUGAAAACAGUGAUAGUGGGUUUCUUCCAUUAGAGUCAUUCUUUAUAUAAUAAAAGCUUAAAAAGCCUGUGAAUAUAUUCACAAUCCACCUCUCAUAAAAUAAAACAUUUUCCU